CUGUUUUCAGCCCAUCUUGGAUAGAGCUUGAAGGAAUCCUGUUAAGUGAGAUAAGUCAGAAACAAAAGGAUGAAUAUAGGAUGAUCUCACUCAUAGGCAGAAGUUGAAAAAUACUUCCAUGAUGCUGGCCUGCCUUUCUUGGGAAGAUGACCUCACCAAUGUGUUCUGGAACCCUACCUCUCCAGAGCCCUGCCCCACUAGGGAAAGGGAGAGACAGGUUGGAGGUAUGGAUUCACCUGCCAACACCCAUGUCCAGCAAAGAAGUAAUUCAAGAAGCCAGACCUCUGACCUUCUGUGCCCUUUAGAAAUAUUUGGUACAUAGUCCCAGAGAGAUAAAGAAUAAAGAAGCUUGCAGUGGAGGGGAUGGAAUAUGGCAUGCUGGUGGUAGGAACUGUAUCACUUGUACCCUCUUAUCUCUCAAUCUUGUCGACCAUUGUUAAAUCACCAAUAAUAAAUCAAAAAAAGAAGAACUUGAAAAAUAAGAAAACACAAAGUAGAACUUGGACUAGGUUUGGUGUACUGCACCAAAGUAAAGGACUCUGUAGUCAGUGGGUGGGGGAAGGGUUCAGGUCCUGUAACUGAAUGUCAGAAGACCUAGAGGGGGUUGAGUUGUUAUGUGGAAAACUGAGAAAUGUUAUACAUGUACAAACUACUGUAUCUUAUUUUUUAUUACUGUAUUUCUUUGUUGACUAUAAACCAUUAAUCCCCCAGUAAAGAAAAAAAGAAGAAGAUGGGGGGGAGAAGGAGAGAGAGAGAGAGACCUAUAGUACUACAUAACUGCUUGCAAUGCUUCCCUUCUGCCGGUGGGAACUGGGGGCUUGAAACCGGGGGCCUUGCACAUUAUAACAUGUGCAUUCAACUGGGUUUGCCAUUCCUCAACUGCCUUAAUCAGAGUAAUUUUAAAAGAUGUGCUUUGAACACUGGGCAAAAUGGCUGCACUCAUAAAAGAUGCAGAGUGUGCAGCCAGGCGGCCGAACGGAAGCCUGGACCUAAGAAGCAAAUCCAGAAGGUGGCGGCUGACACCAUUCCCAGAGAGUUGCCACCAAAGCAGCCACUUCAGAUGACCCAGUCCCAGACUCCCAGCACCUGGGAAGAAUUGGGACUUUGCUAUGAUAAGGCUUAACCCAGGGACAAAAGACUGAGUGCAACAAUAGUUAAGUCCAGAUCAUUUCGAGAAAAGCAAGGAAAGAUUCUCCUGGAAGGUCACAGGCUGAUAGCUGAUGCACACAAGUCUGGUGCUGUUUCAAAAACUUUUUUCAUUAGUUGUCUGGAAUACAUAAAGGAGCUACCCUUUGACAAGCUGAAGGGUGUCAGCCUCAUUAAAGUGAAAUUUGAGGAUAUCAGGGAUCGGUCCGACAUAGUAAAACCGCAAGGAAUAAUGGGGGAUUUUUGCCAAACCGACCAUGUUAAGAUGAAAUACCCAGAGGCUCAGCUUUGCCAUUCAUUACCCUUAUUGCUGAUCUGUGACAAUCUCCAUGACCCUGGAAACCUUGGGACUAUUCUGAGUUCUGUUGCUGGGAUAGGCUGUAGCAAAGUGUUAUUCACCAAAGGCUGUGUGGAUGCCUGGGACCCCAAAGUGCUGUGGGCAGAUAUGGGUGCACAUUUCCAGGUGCCCACCAUCAACAAUCUGGACUGGAAAUCAGUGGCCACCUACCUGCCCAACGACACCCGGGUCUAUGUGGCUGACAACUGUGGCUUAGCCCAGUCCCAGAUGUCUUGUAAAGACAGUGACCAUAGUUAAGGAUCUGCCCGACAACACAAGUAUGAGCAAGAGGAGGUUCUACAAACUGAAGCCAGUGAAGACUGGCUUCCUGAACUUGAAGUCCAGAGCUGUGACUUGGACUGGACAGAAACAACAGCAGCCGUGGUGGUAGGUGGGGAGAUGCAUGGAGUGAGCCUGGAGUCCCUGCAGUUGGCAGAGAGCACUGGGGGCAAGAGGCUGCUGAUCCCGGUCGUGCCUGGUGUGGAGAGCCUCAACUCCACCAUGGCUGCAAGCAUCCUGUUUUUCGAAGGGAAAAGACUGCAGGCAAGGGUGGAACGCUUCAGCAGGGGCAGGACUUACCACUACGGAAGAGGUCAAGGAAGUCAGCCUUGUCAGGCUUGAGCUUGUGUCCUGCUCAUCCUACCGUUGUUAGAAGGCCGGCAGUCAGUGACCUUGGCUUCCCAGACCAGAAUCAGGUGGCAGGCACGGUGCCAGCAGGUUGUUAUUAGAAAAAUAUGAACUUCUGUGAAUUUCUGCUCAUCCUUAAAAAAAUAACAAAAGUCAGAUUUCUUUCUGAUUGCCCAUCUUCACUACUUUUUACACGUAUGUAUACAUAUAUAUCUGUUGAUAUAUGUACACACACAUGUAUUUGGGGUGGGUGGGGAUGACAA